ACGGUUUGAAAAAUCUCCAAACAGAUAUGCUCUUGCCCCGGCUGCAGUUGCUUCUACUUCUCCUUGGCCAGGAGGCCACGUGGGGGUCCUUGCUGCAAGCCGAUUGGCCAAAACGACAGUUGGACUGGUGGCAGAAGCAGUACUACCAAUCGUCUUGGAAACAGAGGCUGCGGUUUACGACUACUCCGAGGCCCGGAGCCACUCCCGAGUCGGUGGAGACCAGGUUGGUGUACCCAUGCUACUGCUACAAGCCAUCCCUCGAGGGUUUGGCCACUGCCAGUCCAGUGGAGAGGCGGAUGAUUGAGCCCAAGGAGCUGUUCUUCUUGAAUAAGUAGUAUUUACGGUAGACUAAUACGAAUAUCACAUAACCAUCCUAGUAAAAUUAUAUAUACUUUCUAUAA